AUGGGUGGGCGCAGCGUCUGCCUUUUCGGGGUUGCCUUGCUGGCCGUGGCCGUCAGCUUUGCAGCCCAGGCACAGCUACAGCAGGUGAAUGGAGUCCUGGGGGGCUCUGUGCUGCUCUCCCCGGCUCUGCCACCCAACAAGAUGGUGAAGGAGAUCGAGUGGAGCUUUUCAGACAGUGCCGGUGCUGCCGUUCAAGUGGCAGAGUUCGGCCCUGGCGGCUUUGAGCGCCCCGACCCCAAGGACCGGUUCAAGGACCGGCUGGAGAUGUUCAAUGAGAUGGCGCUGAAGAUCGGGGCCCUGGAGCGGGGCGACAGCGGGGUCUACGGGGCUCGGAUUAAACUGUACCCGGUGCUGGUGGAGGAUCAGUUCUUCAACCUCUCCGUCUACGAGCCGCUGCGGGACCCCAAAAUCCAGAGCUGGCUGCUUUCGAAGAGCCCCGCGUGGUGCCACCUCAUGCUGCAGUGCCACGUACCCAGCGGGACCGGAGGCACCGUCACCUGGAUGGAGCUCCAUGGGGAACCGAGGGGUGUCAGGGUGCAUCCCCUCUGCAGCGGGGUGCUGCACGUUGUGGUGCAGCCCGGCUCCCCCAACACCACCCUCACCUGCAGGGCCUGGCAUGCCCUGGAGGAGAGGAGCCAGUCCAUAGACCUGGCCAGCGUGUGCUGGAGCGGAGGGACAUCCCUCACCAUCAUGUGCCAAGAACUGCAGACCGUUCCCACAGCCAGCCAGUCCCAGACGCAGGGAGCAGCUCUGGCAGCGGCACGUGCUAGCAGGAAUGACGACCUUGGGUCUGAUCCUGUGUCCUUCCCCUGA